AUGGUUUUUAAUAAUUCACAUAAAACAUUUCUUAUUGAAAAAAAUAUUAAAAAAAAUAAAAACCUUCAAGAAGAUCAAUCUGAUCCUGAAGAUUAUGCAUAUUUAACGGAUAUUAUUGGAUGUGUGGUUAUAGACGAACCAACUAAUAAAAUAAAUUGUUUAAUAUGUGAUUAUAAAUAUUCAUCAUUAAAAAAUCAAGAAAUUAAAAAACAUCUUUCUACUAAACAUUCUUAUCUAUGGAAUGAAUUAGAAAAAAGAAAAAAUGAAUUUUUAAAAAUAGAAUACACUGAUAGAGCUCCACUUGAAAAACAAUAUUCAAUUUAUUUAAAAGAAAAAGAUAAAAAUUUUAUUGAUAUACUCGUAAAAGAACACCUAAUUUAUUUUAAAAAAGAUAAUAAUAAAUUUGAAAAAAAAUACUUGAUCAAUUCAAAAAAAAACGAUAAAAUCCAUAAUACAAAUAGAAGAAAAAAUAUUAAAAAUAAUUAUCAUCUUGAUAAAUCAAAUAUAAAUAAUGUUAUAGAUAAUAAUAAUAAUAAUCAUAUAUAUAUUUGUGAAAAUGUUAAAUUAAUAAUAAAAAAUAAUAUACAAAUCACAUCUAAAAAAAUAGUUAUUAAAUAA